UAUGCUGCCUAAACGAUAAUAUUCAUUUUAAGAUCAAUAUCCUUAAUAGAAGGCUUCUCCUCUAUAAUUGAAGAGAGUUCAUUCAGUUCAACUCUAGGAUGAGGUAAAAAUUUAUUAUUAUAAAAUUGAAAAGAGUGUAACUCAGUUGAUUUUUACCCAUCAAGUGAUAAAGAAUAUUGAAAUAAUUUCCAUCUCUAAAGAAAAAGACAAUUUCUCUCUCCAUAAAAAACAUAUAGUCCAUUAUGUUAUCAAAAUUACCACAGACUACUUCGACUACUAAAUUCAAAGAAGGUACAAGUAAUUUCUUUAGCUCUAUGAAUAAGUAUCAAAUUUAUCUAUUUUAGUUAAAACCCAAAUUCGAAUUUUGCGAAUUUCCUUAGAAAAAAUUGUUUAAAUCCAACAAAAGUGAAGUUGUUCAAGAAAGAAGAAAAUUAUUACAAAGUAAAAACAAUGACUAAAAUUUAAGAAUUUUUAUAAACUAUACUAUCUUCCUUAGAUCAAUUAAAACCAAUUGAAUUUUUAUAGUUCAUUGAAAUAUAACAACAAUUUAUGAGAAGAGGUUUUGAUAAUAUUAAAUUACAUGGUCUAAGUAGUGAUCAAUUUAAUUUGGAUUCUUUAUUAGAACCUGAAUUGUAGAAACAUUAACCAUAAAAUGAUAUUGAAAAAGCAGUUAUUUGUUAUUUACAUAAACUUAAUAGUCGAAAAGAAGACAGAGUUAAAAUUAUACUGUAUCCCCAUUUAAUUCUAUUACAUUAGCUAACUUGAAAAUUAUUUGUAUGGAAAACUAUAAUAUUUGUCAUACAAUAUCAUACAAUACUUAUUUAUAGGAGACAAAGAUAAAGAAAUAUAUGGUUUGACUCAAAUGGUUUUAAAUGAUUCAGAUUCUCAUAUACAAUGUAAUUGUGUACUUUCUUUCUUAAGUAAAUUGUUAGAAUUCGAGUACAAUCCAUGUAAUAUAAUAAAUAUCUAAUUGAAGUUGCUGAAGUCACUUUAAAAGCUUUUUGUGAAUUGAAUAUGAAAUAAAUUAAAUAAAUGAAACUCUAAAAUCAUAUCAAAGGUAACCAAUAGAACAAAUGUUAUAAAAAUGCUCUACUCUUACUUUAUCGUUAUUUGGAAGGAAAUCCUUUAUUAGAUUAAAAAAUCAUUAAAUUUUUAAUUGAAGAUGAAGAAGUAUUGGGAAUUUAUUAAAACUUCAAAUCUUAAAAGUAAACACUAGAUAGUACUAAAACAUUGGAUUCUUCUGAUGAAAGUAUCACUCCAGCAACUACAUAAGAAACAAUAAGGAAAUUCUCUUCAAAAGAUAUGAUACUUAUAGAAGAUGAUAAUACUUCAGAAUUUUUAAUAAAAAUAUUGAAUUUAAAUUAUGAUUGGAAAUUAGUGAAAUGUAAAUGAUAAUAACUAUUUGAUUUAGAGUAUAGAAAUUGUAGUUUACUUCAUUUGUAAGGAUAGAUUAUAAAGAAUUCUUAUAUACUGAAAUGUAAUUCAAUAGAAAAAGUUUAUAAAUUAUUUACUGAAUAGAAAUAAUGGAGAAAUUCAUUUAAGAAAUUUGAAAUUUUUGAGACAAUAGAUGAUAAUAAUUUUAUAGCAUUAGAGACUUCAAUUUGGAGUAUAAAAUCUUCAUUCUAAACAUUUGUAUUUUUUAGUAAGUUUUCUAUUAAAGAAAAAAGUGAAAUCAAAAUAUCUUUUACAGUUGAUUUUGUAAAAGAUUGUUCAAAAGAAUAUAUGUCAUAUUUAAAGAAAAAUGAAUUAUUAUGUAUUCAUUUAUUAAAUAUCUUAGGUAAAAAGGUUUCCUAUGUUGAAAUAUCAAAAAUAGAUGAAGAAAGAAUAUAAGUUGUAACAAUUACAAACUUAAUAGAUUAAGAAUAAAAAAAUCAUGUAUUACCCUCAUUACUUAAUGAAGAUAACUCAUUCGAAGUUCAAAUUGAUAAACUUUACUAAUUGUUAUGA